UUUGUGGUGGAGGACAAGUCCACCAUCCCUAGCUAGCUACCGGGAAUUUGGGAGAGUUUAGGUUGCUGUUCGACUGGUGUAGUGGAGAUUUAGGCCUUGGUCGACCAUGAGCCGGAAUAACCACGGGAGGAAUCUAAUGAUGGAGCUGAAGUUAAACGUGGCGGCGACGCAGAGGAGGGCUAGAGCCGGGCCGUCGACGCGGGCGGAGGACGAAGAGGAGAUGCCAGUGUCGCCGCCGAGCUCGUGCGUGUCGGAGGAGGAGAGGGAAGAGGGGGAGAACAAGUCACCGGAGGCUGCCGCGACCAUGAUGCUCGUCGGUUGCCCUCGCUGCCUCAUGUACGUCAUGCUUUCCGAGAAGGACCCAAAGUGCCCCAAGUGCAAAAGCACGGUGCUAGUCGAUUUCCACCGAGGCGGCGCCGCCGCCGCAAGUCGAGGAGGAGCUAAUUAGCGCUGAGCAAAAAAAUCAUGAUCAUAUUUGAUUAAUCAUGAUAGAGAGUAAUUGCAUAUUAAUAACAUAAAUAGUUAAUCUUAUGUUAAGAAAUUAAUCUCCCUUAAUAUUAUUUAUUGCCAACGAUUCAUGCAUUUGCCAUGACU